GAACUAAGGGGCACGUCGGAGUGGGCUCUUGUGCGUAGACGAUCUGUGAGCCUCACCAUGGCCACCAUCAGCGUUCAGCCGUUUUAGUUUAGCGCAACUAGGUUUUUAUUAUGCAUUUUUGUUGUUGUUGUUUUUUAGCUUAGCAUAGCUAACUUGAUUUCUUCACUUGUGACUCCUCGUGAACGUCGGGCGCGCGCACGGGCGGUCGCGGUGACGCGCCCAGCAGGUGCACGUCGAACGCAAAGCAGAACAGGAAGAGAAACCCGCCAGACGAGCUGAGCCUGUCACGCGCACGCGCAUUCAUGCUCACUCGUCAUGGAGCAAAACUUCAGUUUGAACUCGCUGAGGAAGAUGUGCAGCGAGGGCGACCACAGGGACGCGUCGCUGAGCGCCGGCCAGCGUGUGCGAGCGCUGGCCAAGAUGGCUGCCAGCGUGGACGUGGACCAGGACGUGGAGCCUCGCUGCUACUUCCGCGCCGGCCUGGAGAUGGAGCGUCUGGCCGAUGGCUAUCUGCGCCAAGGCGGUCUGGAGAACGCCUUUGUGCUCUACACCAAGUUCAUCACGCUAUUUGUGGAGAAGCUUCCGGCCCACAAGGACUACCAGCACUGUCGAGUUCCUGAGAAGCACGUCAUCAUGAAGAAGCUUCAGGAAGUGGCGUUUUGCCGGAAGGACGAGCUGCAAAAACGAUUGGAGUACAAAUAUGGCAAGGAACAUGCGCACUUCCUGCAAGUCCAGGAGGCUUCGGCAGGCAGGCGGGGUCCGUUGGACGAGGAGAGGCGGGGCCCGCUGGAGGCGGAGCGCGAGCGCGUGGCCGCCAUGCAUCGCUCGCAGCUAGCGACCGAGCAGUUCGCCUACUUCGAGGAGCAGCUCACUUGCCAGGAGGCGGCCAAGAGGAGAGGAGAGGUGGCGGGGCACCAGCAGUUGGACUGGCCAGAAGUACUGCCCCGCCCUUGGUGUAAACCCAAUAUAAGGCUUGACGAAAGGUGUGCCAACCAUGACAACCGUACCGCACGUUUGUCUCGGCAGCCAAUCGGAGAUGGUGUAGGAUUGGUGGGGGCAGUGCCUAACAGGACCACUCGGCCUCCUGUCAGCCACUCAGCUGCCACGCUUCAUGCCGCUUACGGUGUGGGGGCGGAGCACCUGCGGCGGACGCUACUUCCGCGGACGCUGACGUCUCGCUUCCUGCUGCUGGCCGACCGCAACUCUGCUCGCGGGAUCGAAACGUGCGGCGUGCUCUGCGGACGGCUGCAAAGGGACGCGUUGGCGGUGACGCACGUGGUGGUCCCCAAGCAGUCGGCCGGUCCCGACUUCUGCGCCAUGGAGGACGUGGAGGAACUGUUUGGCUUCCAGGACAAACACCAGCUUCUCACGCUUGGAUGGAUUCACACUCAUCCCACUCAGACGGUGUUCCUAUCCAGCGUUGACCUCCACACGCACGCCGCCUAUCAGCUGAUGUUGGCAGAGGCCAUCGCCAUCGUCUGCGCUCCCAAACACAACCGCGUGGGAGUCUUCCGGCUGACGUGCGUGGGGAUGUCGGAGGUUUCUGCUUGUCGCCUGCAAGGUUUUCAUCCUCACUCCGGGGAGACACCACUCUUCUCGGCCUGCGCGCACGUGCACAUGACGGACGCCGACGUCACCAUGCUGGACCUCAGGUGACACGCAGGGGGCGCCCUUGUCUCCACGAACGGCCAACGAUGAUUACGGCUGACUAUGUCGGGAGGAGGAAUUUGGAUUUGGGGUUUUUGUGUUGUCAAUUUGAUGUUGCUAAUAAAUAUCUUCGAAUAGUU